GAAACAGUAAGGUUGCUGCCUGAUGCACCACAAGGUGCAGAAAGGAACAACAAUAAUUCUUUAUACUGCCAUUCAAAGUAUGUACCUCUGACUGCCAAGAACAGAGAAGGAGCCCACACUAUCCAGUUUCACGGAAUUUCUGGACCCUUUCCAACGAGUUAUUCAGCCUGAAGAGAUUUGGCUGUACAAGAAUCCCAUUGUGCAGUCAGAUCACAUACCUACUCGGAUAAUGUUUGCCAUUUCAUUCCUCACGCCUCUGGCCGUGAUCUUUGUGGUCAAAAUAAUUCAACGGACAGAUAAAACAGAGAUUAAAGAGGCCUGUUUAGCUGUCUCUCUGGCCCUUGCCCUGAACGGAAUCUUCACCAACACAAUUAAGCUAAUAGUGGGAAGACCUCGUCCUGAUUUCUUUAACCGUUGUUUUCCUGACGGGGUGAUGAACCCUGAAAUGCACUGCACAGGUGACCCGGAUGUAGUUUCAGAAGGCAGGAAGAGCUUCCCAAGCAGCCAUUCCUCCUUUGCUUUUUCAGGUCUGGGAUUCACCACCUUCUACUUAGCUGGGAAGUUACACUGCUUCACCAAUAUUGGCCAAGGGAAGAGCUGGAGACUGUGUGCUGCCAUCCUUCCUCUAUACUGUGCAGUGAUGAUCGCCUUGUCACGGACCUGUGAUUACAAGCAUCAUUGGCAAGAUGCACUGGUCGGUGCCUUGAUUGGCAUUAUCUUUGCCUACCUUGCCUACAGACAACAUUAUCCAUCACUGUGUCACACCGAAUGCCACAAACCGCACGUCUGUCUUGCGGUUCAGGUGUCGGCUGAUCAGGAAGAAGCGUCCACUCCAGAGAAAGCUACCAGCCUGGCUUUAGAGGGAAUAAACGAAGGUCCCGUAUGACAAGCACACUUUGUUCAUGGACAAUUACCCCUUCAUACAUUCCAUAUAAUUCAAAACAAAAUGUACAUAAAAUUCAUUCCAUGACAUUCUUGUGUACUUUUGUCCACAUGUCCUAUGGAAAGCAAAAUGAUUAACAAAUUAUUUUGCUUUCAAAGUGAUGGCAUAUAUUGAUGUCACCUGAUAAAAGAAUUUCAUUUUAUAACAGUCACAGACACUGAACAUAAUAUAAAUGGCAAUGUCCUUUAAAUACACAAGAAAUUUUAAAAAAUUAAAUGAAAGUUAAUUACAAAGUAAAACUAAAGCAACAGUAACAUCAUUUGCAAAAUACUGAGAGACAAUUAUAUGACAGUAUAAAAAGAUCAUGGAUAAAUUUUUGAUUAAUAUGUAAUUAAAAACUGAUGAAUGCUGAGAAAUUAAUAUUGUGAAACAAUUAUACAGGUUGCAGUGAGGAUGUAAUUUUCAAUGCCAAGGAAUGACAUUCAAGGAGGAUUUGAAUAAGUGUAUUGAAAUUUCAUUUUUCUAGGCUCAACUUAUGUGACAUUAUUCAUUAAAACUA